AUGGCAGAGGUGGUGGAGGAUCGCUCCAUUGAGUUCCUUCUCCUUCAUCGCAAGGACGCACCCUUGCCAAACCUGGACUCCCUGCGGAACGUCCCACUCACGCAGUGUCACUGGCGCGACGCAUUCCAGAACACCCAGGAUCCAUUGUGGCGGGACGUCUGGGAGCUGAAGACUGCCCUGAGCGAAGUUUCGGACGAUACCUACCUGUCCAUUCGUAAUCGGCUCUUUCCUCUGGCAGUUGGGGGGCCGUUGGCGAGCACCGCCUUCUCCAAUCGCGCGGGGCAUAAACUGUUGGAGUGUAUGGAGGCGGCGGGGGUUUGGCUGUACCUGCACGGGCUUCUUCGGUCCCGGGGCACCGCCUCUCUACAGGAAAAGCGGAAAAGAGAUGAAAAUAGAAAGCAGCGCGGCCCUGGAAGGUCGCUGGUCUUCGCGGACGUCUGCGGGGGGCCCGGGGCCUUCUCUCAGGCCCUCCUCCACGCCGGCCCUAGCCGCGGCUUCCCGCGAAUUCGCGGCUUCGGCAUGACCUUGGCGGGUGUUGAGGGCCUUGAUUGGUACCCCGCCCUCCUCCGCGCCGACUUCACGCCGACCUACGGCCUCGACGGAACCGGCGACAUCUACAAACUAGCUAAUAUUUACGCACUGGCCUCGAUCUCGACCGGGACGCUGCUCUGCAUCGCCGAUGGUGGGUUUCACGUUGACUUCUCCAUCGCAAACUAUCAAGAGCCGAUCUCCGCACGCAUUGUGUAUGCGCAGUGGUUUGCGGCCCUCAAGAUCCUCCAGAAGGGCGGUUGCCUAGUGCUGAAGCUUUUCGACGCCACUUUGGCGUUCACAAGGUCGUUAUUGUUUCUUUCAACUUUUUUAUAUGACACGGUGCAUAUCGUGAAGCCCAAGCACAGUCGUGUCGUCAACAGCGAACGAUAUUUAGUCUGCAUUGAUUACAAAGGGACCGAGGAUAAAAAUGGUUGGAUGGCAUACUUUAAAUAUAUAUUGGAGUGUGGAUUUUCAGAUAAUGAUCAUAUACCAGAGUUGCUUCCCGAAGUCUGGAUGACAUCGGAUCCAUGCUUUAUGCAGAGUAUCACAGAGAUGGUUAAGAUCAUUUCUAGUAAUCAAAAAAUGGGACUGAAAAUGAUUCUAGACGAGUUCAAAAAUGGUAUGUCAAGAGCUGAGGAAAGCACGACAACACCUGAUAAAGAGGUAGAAAAGGAUGACUAA